UAUCCAGUUCGAAUCCCCAAGCGAAGGGGAAACCAAGUCAAGACGCCUAAAGGACAACACUCCGUGCACCCCGCGCACGCAUCCAUUUCGCCCCCGAAUCGAUACAGAAAAGCAUCCACCAUUCCUCUAUCAACGUACGACGCCGCUCCCCUUUUGCACUCUUACGACGACAGUCCGCAGCGUUGGGACCUAACCAACGGGCACCAGGCAGGCGUCAUCAUAGAUCAGUUCCGGGGCGGUAAAGCGAUCACCAUUGAGGGAGGCACCAGCACCGGUGAUACGACGAGCAUCGGCGGCGGCAGCGAUUUACGACUGGUAAUAACGGCCAACCCCAGUGAGAUCGAGCGCAAUUACGAUCAGCCAACCAAUCGCGGUGGUGGCGGAGGCGGCGGCGUUAUCGGCGUCAGCUGCGGUGGCCAAACCCCACCGACACCCACGGUCGUCGGCAAAACCCUGCUGAACACCAGUCCCAAUCUCUUGCCGAUCACGACUGCGACCGAUACGUUCAACAACCUCAAGAAUCUGGUGAAGAUCGACAAGGGCUCGUCGCCAUCGUCGGGAUCGAAUCAGCAAGGAGGCGGCAACUAUCGCAAGGGCGGCUCGAACGGUUCGGGUUACAAGAGCGGCGGAGGCGGCAGCGGCAACGGAGGAUCUCCGGCCAUUAGCGGCAACCCCGAUAGGAACGGCAGCCGAUCAUCUGGCGGACCGACCGGACACUUUUCCACUGGCUAUAGCAAGAAUUCCGCCAAAAUUCGCCAACACGAUAGUGAGGUGAGCCCAAGACCUCGACGAUCUUACCAGGGUGACUCGUCGUCGUCGCGUUACUAUCCGAAAAAUAGUGACAUUUUGGGUCAAGGCUUAAGCGGCAACUCCGACAACAGCUACAACGGCGGCUCCUCGUCCGGCAGAUACCAGCAGGACCAGCAGCAGGGCGGAGCUCAUCGUGGUAGUCGCAACAACUAUCACUCCAACUCCGAUGGCAAUUACAAUCGAUCUUUGAACUCCAACUCCGCCGUAGGGGGAGGAGGAUCGGGAUCCGGCGGUGGCAGCAAUUACCGCGCCACUCGCAACUACGAGAACGGAAAUGGGAGCAACGGCCCACAGCCACGUUACGGCAGCGGCAACGGGAACGGCAACAGCAACUCGAACUCAACAAGCGGCUACAACGGAUCAGCAGCGAGCUCCGCAGUCAACAGCAGCAAGUCCUCGUACGGGCCUUCGCGCGGUGCCAACGAUGGAGGCGUGAGUGGCGGCUACGGCAGCAGCAGCAGCAACAACUAUCGCGACAGUUACGAGGACUCGCCGUCGCACCAGCGGUACACGAACAACGGCAGCCUAGAACGAAACGGAGGCGGAGGAUCGGGGGCAGGAGGAGCGAGCGGAGGAGCUCGCAGCUACGGCAGGUCGGAGGCGGAUCGCUACGGAGCACCGGCCAGUCGCACGCCCACCCUUCGCAACGGCAAUGCGUCCGCUCAGAAUUCGGGCGGCUCCACUUCCAACUCUUCGAACAUUUCUCUGAACUCAGCAGGAGCGGCAGCAGCAGCUCCGCAUUCCCAACAGCAGCAGCAGCAGCAUCAGCAGCAGGAGCGAUCCCAGGCGGGCAAGGCAAGCACUCCGCCACCGAUCACCGGACGCUGGAUACCACCUUCGCUGCGUCCGCAGCAUGGACUUACCCAAAGCGAGAAGAACGACGCCGUCUUCCGGCGCGUAAGGGGUAUUCUCAACAAGCUAACGCCCGAGAAGUUCCAGGAGCUGAGCGAUGAACUGCUGAAACUGGACCUCAAUUCGAUUGUUAUUCUGAACGGCGUGAUUUUGCUGAUUUUCGACAAGGCCUUGGACGAGCCAAAGUACUCGUCUAUGUACGCACAGCUCUGCAAGCGACUUUCCGAGGAAGCCCCGUCAUUCGACAAGGAACCAAACAACUCGUGCACUUUCUUGCGCCUUCUGAUCGCCGUUUGCCGCGACAAGUUCAACAACCGUUUGAAGCGUGACGAGAACGACAACCGUCCGCCGCCCGAAAAUGAGGCCGACGAGGAGGAGCGCCGCCAUUUGGCCAAACAGCGCAUGCUCGGCAACGUCAAGUUCAUCGGAGAGCUCAACAAGCUCGACAUGCUGUCGAAGACCGUGCUGCAUCAGUGCAUCAUGGAGCUAUUGGACAAGAAGAAGAAGCGUACGGCCGGUGCGCAGGAAAUGUGCGAGGACAUGGAAUGCCUGGCUCAGCUGCUCAAGACUUGCGGCAAGAAUCUGGAUUCAGAACAGGGCAAAGAGCUGAUGAACCAGUACUUCGAGACGCUUGAACGUCGGUCAAAGUCAUCUGAAUAUCCACCGAGGAUACGCUUCAUGCUAAAGGACGUCAUCGAACUGCGCCAGAACCAUUGGGUGCCGCGCAAGCUGGGCACCACGGAGGGUCCCGUCCCCAUAAAGCAAAUACGCUCGGACGACGACUCGAUCAUCCGCACCCCGUUCCCCAAUCGCAACCGCGAUAUGCGCAACGAUCGCGACUCGGACAGCUGGAUGAAUCGGUUCCAUUUGAAUAUCCAGCCUGGCGGCUACAAUGACAUGUUUAGCGGACUGAGUGUCACGGGAGCUUCUCCGAUUGUCUCACCAUUCGCUACCAGCAAUCGGGAUAGAGAUCGCGAAAAUCGCCAGUACAACAAUCGCGGCGAUCGCAACCGGGAUCGUGACCAAGGCGGCAGUGGCGGAGCCAACUAUGGCAGUCGCUACAAGCACAACCAGAACGGUGGAGGCAGCGGAGGAGGAGGUUCCUCGAACAACCGGGACCGCGACGAUUCGCGCAGGAACAACGAUCGCGACAGGGAUCGCAACGAUGGACAGUAUGGGGGUAACCAGCUGCUGGGUAGUAAGGAGUUGGCACCGCGGUUCAAGCGCAAUUUGAUCACCACGAACCAAGAUGCGGUGGAGAACUUGCAGAUGCGCCCGGCAGCCAACUCCUUGCUUUUCCGAGCGGCCUCCCAGAAUCAGAAGUUCCCGGCCACUCUACCGAUGUCCACGCCGCCCAACAGCAGCAGCAACAACAACCAAGGCAGUUCGCAGGGCAAGGAUCAGGGUCAGCUAUCCAAUUCGCAUUAUCCUCUCCUGGGCACACCCACUUCCCAUUUAAUUAAUCCAACGCGUCCAUCGUCGACACCAUCUGCUGAGUACGCUGACAACCGAACUCUGCUGGGAGUGCAAAACGAGAGGGGUCUCAAGGCCACCUCAUCGUCGCCAAACUUUGGAUCGGCAACAGAUAAGCUGGGAGAGCAGCUGGACAGCCAGGGAGGCAGGAAGGGCUCCCACGACGGCAAGGAUCAGGCCAAGAAUGGCUCCGUCGAGAGACCAAGCACCCCAGUCGGCGCUACUGGCUCGGCCAAGCAGAAGAAGGACAAGGGUCCCAACAAGGAGGAGUUGUCCAAGAAGGCUAGCCAGUAUUUCAAGGAGAAAUUCUAUUACGAUGAGGAGGAAGAGACAAAGGAAGACGUCGAGGAGAAGAAGGAUGAUGCAGAGGCCAAGGCAGAAACAGAAGAUGCUCCAGCAGAAGAUUCGAAGGUUGAGGAAGAUACCACCACACCUGCGGCCACUCCAGAUCGCUUCGCCGAGCUUGUGGACGGAUUCCUAGAGCUGAAGCUGCCCGAGAAGUCGCUGAAGGAUGUGUGCCUCAAUCUUCUGAUGGAUGUGCUGGACCGUGUAAAUGAUGUCUAUCUGGAGCGCGUUGUGCGUCUUCUGCAGACACUGCGCAAACAGUCUAAUAUUAAGUCCAACAUCGUGGUCGAGGUCUUCAAGCAGCUGGUCAACAAGAUGAACGAGCGGGAGGCUCUCAAUCCCCGGAUUGCGAGCCUCGUGGCCAGUGUUUUGGCCAAGACCGUUUGUUGUGAGCCGGCUCUGUUGAAGCUGAACGACAUCGCCAACUACACAGACAACGGACAGCACUAUCCGCUUUUCCUGCUUGUGCUGCAGCAGUUGGUCAAGGUCAUCGGCAAGGAUGCGCUGGAGGAGAAGUUCCGUGCGAGCAAGGUGGAUCUGAUUAACAGCCUGCCGGAGGCGGAUCGCACCAAAGAGCGAUUGGCCGAGAUUCUCGAGGAUCGCCAGCUUUCCUUCCUGUAUCCUUUGCUGAAGGUGCAGGCCGAGAUGCUGAAGCAGCUGCAGAGUGACCCGAACCCAAACAACUUCUACAAGUGGAUCAAGGCCAACGUGGACAACAAAUACUACAAGGACCCGGGCUUCAUUCAAGCCCUCAUGACCGUGGUGGUCAAGUACGUGACCAAGGAGACGACGCUGGCGGCCAAUCUGGACCCCAAGGAGCACCCGGAAAAGUCGGUGACCCAGAAGGAGCAGCAGUUGCUGGAGAACUACAGUCAGAUGCUGCAAACUUUCCUGGGACAAAACGAGCUGCAGUUGAUGGCGCUAUACGCUCUGCAGACAUUCUGCUACAAUGAGAACUUCCCCAAGGGCAUGCUGUGCCGUUGGUUCAAAUAUCUUUACGAAUCUGAAAUUAUUGAGGAGGAGGCAUUCGUCUUGUGGAAGGAGGAGAUUUCCGACAAAUAUCCAGGCAAAGGAUCCGCUUUGUUCCAAGUUAACGCCUGGUUGACUUGGCUGCAGGAGGCCGAAUCUGAGGACGAUGAGGAUUAGGACGCACCAGUCCCGCAUAACAACGCUAUAUGUUUAUCACUUCCAAUAUUUAUUCACAAAUCUAUAUUGAUUACAUGAUGAAAAAGAACAAAACUAACAAAAAAAAAAAAAAAUCAAACAAAAAAAUCGCAAUCAGAAAUAAUAAGAAAGAAAGUAGCAGCAGGAUGGAAGUUUCAAAUCGCGGUUGCAAAUCUUAGUCAAAUUAUAGUAGAAAAACACACAUAAAAACAAAUUAAUCAAAAUUAUUUGAUAUCCAAAAAAUUCAAAGAACUUUAACAACCAUUUAACAAUAAAUAAAACCCAAUAGAUGCAAACAUAAAAGAUAUUUAAUCCAUACAACAUAACCGCAAGCAAACUUAGCAAACUGACAUUGACAUUUCAAACAUAAAAACGUAACUAUUAAUUAGUGAAUUUCAUCUACUUAUUUUUUUCUUUACAUAUAAAAACCGGAACUGAUCUUUAAAUCGAAUAUAAAUGAUUUCAAUUGUCUGCCCAUAUUUGGUACUCUCGCCGAUUUCCCGAUUGUGUAUUUAAUUAAGUAGGUCAAAACAAAUCGACAACGUAAAUAUUACAUAUAAACAACCAAUCGACGCGCGCUAAAGGGAGCGAAAACAAAAUCUGAAUGUAAUUUGUGAACAAAAUAUCGUAUAUAUGUAUUUUAACUCAACAAAACGUAAACAUUAAAAACUCGCCCACAUUAAAUAGAGCCUUAAUAAAUGCAACCAACACUGCGAACGGCGAAAAA